UCGUUCACAAUAUUGAAUCGUCGCAAAACAAAUUUUCCAUCAUGUCGAGGGCCAUUGCUCUAUAACAGAAUAAGCUCGCCUCGCUGGUAAACAACAACAAUAACCACCACCACCACAACAACAAAUACCACUCACAGAACGACAGUCAUGUCGCCAAAACUUAGGCCGCUGUUAUUACCCCAGUUAGUGGAGGAUCGACGGAAGAGGGAGAGCAUGUCGGACUCUGAUAUGGAUCUUUCGUCUUCUUAUUACACCCAAAAUUCAUCAGCAUCUGAGAUCCCAUCGCCUGUCACGCCUACUUUCUCCACUCGAGGACAUUUGAGAUACCCCAGCUCGGCUUCUUCAUUGGAAUCUUCCUACCACAAUUCCGCAAUUGAUAGCCCAUCUUCGCCCACUUUCGUCGGUGCCAAGACGGGAAAGCGAUCUUUACCUGACGUGCAGGAGGAGCCGCACGAGAGAGACGAGGACCUCGACAUGUUUGAAGAUGCCAAUGAGCUUUACGAUUGUUUGUGCGACGACAAGCAAUGCUUGCAUCGUGAUUCAUCCCUGGCGCAAAGCUCAGUGCAAUUGUCUACGAGACAAGAAUUCGAUUAUGACUUGACGGAUGGCUUCUUCAGCGAUGGAGAGUUCUCUUCAAGCCCACGAUAUAAGAAGCGACGAGCAGUCGAAUCUCCACUUACAGGCCUGGCCAAUCGCUUUGGGACCAGAUUCCCCUCCUUCUCCCGCAAAUGGCGAUUAAGAAAGGGCUCAAGCUCUGCAUCUGUUCUUUCAGAUGCGCAAAGAGAGAGUGCUACUUCUCGAGGAGCAUCGAGCAGGUCCUCUUCAGUCUCCAAUUCAGGACGACAAACUCUAGACCAGAGCUUCGAUCCUCAGCUACCACCUACUCCUACAAAAAGCGUUUUCGAUGGUCGAGACGACAAUUCGAUGACCACUGCCAUUGACAUCGAGAAAGCGAACUCAAAUGUCGACGAACCUGAUGCAGCUUUCGCAUCUACACCUCUACUACCACCACUUAUGAUGGAUGCUUCCGCCAAUACAAAGCAAGUUUCUUUGCAAUCCCCGUUGCAAUCGCCUUCGGUGGCCGAGCCUCAUGACCCGUUCUCUGGCUCAGUCACUCCAAUUGAUGCUAUCACAACACCUCAAUUACCGGGCAUGCCUUCACCGCCUCUAAGCACUAAACAAUCGAUCUCAUCCUUUCAUCGCAACAAUGUCAACCGACCUGGACACCUGAUUCCCUCUUCGGAAAUUCCUCCCAUUGUCAUUGCAGAUCCAAAUGAUGAAUGGGCCAACAAGCUAGGACAUGCGAACUUCAUCAUUUAUCCUGAGCCAUACAUGCCUGAGAGCUUUGAUCUUGAAGCUUGCCGUCAGCUUCGGGCCAAUUGGGAUCUAGCUCGUUGCAACUAUACGAAGCAUCUGGUCAGAACAGGUGAACACUACGGCGUUACCUCGAAGACCUAUAAGCUUACUGAGGAGAAAUGGGCCGCUACAGACGCUGUCUGGAGGAAGAAUAAUGAAAUAACCAUCACCCAUACUGUCGAGAGCGGCAGUGACGCAUUCGCGACAUUAAAGCACAACACCUUAGGCGACAAUGGCAACAAUAACAUCAUGACUAAGAUACCUUCUCUCAACGACCCAAGAAGUGGAGGCAAAUUCCCACAACUUGGAGACGAAGACAUUGUCGGACCAAUGGUUCAAGUCGCCGCUCAACUACAACGAAGCCCAAGCAAAAAGGCAAAACUUUUCAAAUUCCUUGCGGAAAAGUUCCCUGUAGGACUUGGGCGAUCCUAGGAUCACACUCUUAACGGCUGCAAUAUUCACUUCUUUUGUUGAUCUUUUUUGUCUCUGUUGUAUAAACUUUACGACGAUCACGACUUUGCAUUUCAUUUUUCAUGUAUCA